CAGAAGCAAAAAAGGACGCUGCUCGAGCCCAUCCUCUCGAACGUCGACCCCCCUGGGCCCCUGCUCGCCGGGACGGGCGCUCGGCCACCUCAGACCCAUCGGGCCCGCUCCGCGGCGGGAGGGCGCGCCAUCCCUUCUGAAAGCACUGGCGCAGACCCCCGAAAGCCUCCUCCUCCUCCUCCUCCUUUUCCUCCUCCUGCUCCCCCUCCCCCUCCUCUUCCUCCUCCUCCUCCUCCUCCUCGUCAGGCUCAUGUCGUUUCGGGGGUCUUCUGCCGGCGAGCUUCGUGCGGCCAGGGCUGCACCAGGCACAGGGGCGCCGCCCUCGGAGCAUCCGGCAGCACGCCAAGGACCCGCGCUCGAAGCUCAGCCUCCUGGAUGACGUGAAGGGCAUGGCGGACGCCCCGAAACGGAAGUACUUGGUGAAGAGCCCAGAGGAAGCUGCCGAAGGCAGGCUCUGGAAGGGCGUUGGGGCCGUCGUGAUCAGUCUGAUCGUGCUCGUCGGGUUUGCGCUCUAUUUCACCAACACCAUGCAGGCGUCCAACGAGGAGGAGGCCGCCGAGGCCAGCGCCCGCCAGCAACCGGCGCAACAGACGGGCUAUAUAUACGCGGGUGGCGAUUUCAUUGUGCCCAACCAGAAGGUCGCGGACGCCCUCAGCACCGGCGCCACAGGGACCUCGAUGCCCGACAGCAUGGGCGCGGUGGUCGACUACAGCCAGCGGGCUGUGCCGAAGGGACCGCGCAGGGUACUGGUCCCCGACAGGGGCCCCACGGCGACAAUCAUCGGCGGCGGCAGGCCAGGCGGCCAAUCCCCCGACUGGUUGGUGAAGUUUGAGAAGGACGGCUACAUCCCCAAGGACCCGUGAGCCCCCGUGUGCGGCCGGCGCGCGCUGCCGCGGGCAGUCCCCCGGACGGCCCGCUGCGCGCGCCGGUGCGGGCCAGAGGGAGGAAGGUUUUAGCGGAGGAGUCCUGCCACUGCUGGAGCGACGCAGGAGGCAUUUCUGGGGUCUCAUUGGGCGCGCGGUGAGCGUGUCCCGUCCACUGCACGGCCCGUCCACCCACCGAAGAGUCAGAGGAGGAUAAGGCAUCGAUACCGCUAUCCUCGCCUCGUCUUUCCCCCUCCUUGGGCCUCCUCGGGGGAGGUCCUCGCCGCC